AUGUCGGUGUCCCUGUCCAGCUUCCCCGUGGUGUUGAAGGACAAGAGCUACCAGGCCGGCAUGCUGAAGAGCAGCCCUGCACGGAGCUCCGGCUUCUACCCCUCCCAUCUCCCGGGUCCACACUACAUGGACCUCUUCCACGGGACGCACAGCCUCCUCCACCCACUCAAGUCCCUCGGCCGUCUUGUUUCGGACACCCAGGCGUCCCUGCCGCACAGCUUCCCCGGCGGAGCCUCUUCAUUUCUCGCCCAAGGCGCCCCCCACGCCUCGGUACUCCACGAACACGUGUUGAGCGCCUCCGGCAUCUCGUACCUGAGCCAGAUGCUGCCGGGACACCCUUUGUACUCCAAACCGGAGGAGCUGGCUGCCGUGGUGACCGAGCACGCCGCUGGACCGCUGUCCUCGGAUUUCAGCAGCCCAUCCAGUGAACGGUCCUCCUCCGCUUUCUCCUCCACCACCUCGCCACCCAAGGAGAGCCUGCUUCGCCUCCGGAGUGAGGACCUGUUACUGGAAAAAACACGCACUUCGUAUAAUUUUACCGAGGACGACUUGUACACGGUGCUCUACGGUUACUCCCGCAGCCAGGAGCGGUCAGAGCGCGUGGGUCAUGCCAUAUCAGGAGUGGCCCUGCCUGGAAACUCAGUUUCUGACAGUCAGAUUCUCCCCCUGGACAGUGAAACGCUUGAGCUUCCAGAAGGGUUAACCGUCCUGCAGACAGCUUGGGGAAAUGUGUCCCACUGCGGAGUUUUCUCAGACAAAAGUACCAUCCCGAAAGGGAAGCGGUUCGGACCCUUCCAGGGAAAACUGGUCAAUACCAGCGAGAUCAAAACAUACGACGACAACACUCUGAUGUGGGAGGUGUUUGAAAACGGCCGGUUGAGUCACUUUGUGGAUGGCAGAGGAGGCUCGGGGAACUGGAUGUCUUUAGUGAAGUGCGCCCGUUUCCCAGAGGAGCAGAACCUAAUCGCUGUGCAGGUCCAGGAGCAGAUCUUCUACGAGGCCUGCAAAGAAAUCAGGCCAGGCCAGGAGCUGCUGGUGUGGUACGGGGACUGCUACAUGCAGUUCCUCGGCAUACCACUCACCCUGAAAGACCCCACGGUGGACAACAACGCGGUGCCUCCCACUGAAGAUGCUGGAGAGGGUUUCAAGUGCGACCGAUGCGGGAAGGUGUUUGCAUACAAGUAUUACAGAGACAAACAUCUGAAGUACACUCGCUGCGUGGACCAGGGCGACCGAAAGUUCCCUUGUCACCUUUGCAACAGGUCCUUCGAGAAGAGAGACAGAUUGCGCAUCCACAUCCUACACGUUCACGAGAAACACAGGCCUCAUAAGUGCUCGGUGUGUGGAAAGAGUUUCUCCCAGUCGUCCAGCCUGAACAAACACAUGCGUGUGCACUCUGGAGAGCGGCCCUACAAGUGUGUCUACUGCAACAAGGCCUUCACGGCUUCCAGCAUUUUGCGCACACACAUCCGCCAGCACUCCGGAGAGCGGCCUUUCAAGUGUAAGCACUGCGGGAAGGCCUUUGCCUCGCACGCUGCGCACGACAGCCACGUCCGCAGGACGCACGCCAAGGACAAGUCGUAUCCGUGCGCCCUGUGCGGAGCCGCCUUCCAGGACGAGCAGGAGCUCAAGAUACACAUGAAGAGCCAUAAAAAGAGACAUUUGGACAGCACGGUUGUCCCUUCACCUCCAGGAAGCGGAUCGCAGGAGGAUGCCGUGUUUCCAGUGAAAGACAAUCCCAAAAUGCAGAAACACACUGGACACAAGUUUCCUUACACCGGUUUAACAGUUUUAAAUCCCGAAUACCGACCCUGGAACUAA